AAAGAGAAAAGAAGUCUGAGCCUCGCCGAUCAACUCACCAUCAUAUCGCGAGAGGAAAGAAAAGAUACAAGUAGGUGUAGGAAAACAGAGAGAUAGAGGGAGAGAGAGAAGGGCCACCUUCCUCGUCGCCGCAGAACGAACGUCGGCGGUGAAGAUUACUACAACGCCGCAGAAGGUAUCUCGCCGCUCCACUGUUGGAGAAGAAGACCCAGUUGUACGCCGGACCAAGCCGCCAUCGCCGGAGUGACGCGCUGGCCGUUCCGUCAACACCGCCGCCAGAGAGAAGGAAGUGCCGCGCCACCAGGCACCGCGGAUAGAGUAACAUCGCUGGAAGAAGAAGGCCGUCUGAAGUCCGCCGUUGUCAUCGCCGGAAGAAGAAGCUGCCACGGUUGACGUUACUAUCUUUGUCCUGCUCGUUUCAGUCGACGACGAAGACCAAAAGGUGAAGAUCGAGGUAGAAGCUUCGGUUAGAAAUUAUCGUGACUCGAGACAAUGAAGUCAACAAGAAACAAAGUAGAAGACAAUGUCGCCGCACCGACGAAUGCGGAGUUGGCUCAAAAUAUGGUUCAACUCAUCCAGACUAUCGGGAGUGUGUUAGUUCAGAACAAACACCAACAACGUCUCAAAAACCGCAAUGAUGUAGCGAAACUUGUAGCGAAGCACAAUCCACCGUGUUAUUUAGGCCAAGAAGAUCCUCUCAUCCUUGAGGAUUGGAUUCGCACUUUCGACAAACUUUUCGAUGCUAUAAAUUGCCCUGCAGAUCAACGAAUUAAUACGGCUGCGUACUAUCUACGUCAAGAGGCAGACAAUUGGUGGGCCACGACUGCCCCAACGUUGCGUCAACAACCCGACUUUUCUUGGGAGACGUUCAAGGAGGCAAUGCGAAAAAGAUUCUACCCAGAGCACGUGAGAGCUGAGAAGUAUGAAGAAUUUUUACACCUGAAGCAAAUAGGCAUGACUGUUCAAGAGUACCACUCUAAAUUCUUGAAUCUCGCACGAUUUGCACCCACGCUAGUUCCCGAUGAAAUCGAGAAAACAAAUAAGUUUAUACGCGGUCUGAACUUCGAGACACAAAAAGCUCUUUGCGUUUCAGAAUGCCAAACGUUGAACGAUGCCUACAACAAAGCUGGCAAGCACUAUCGAGUGCAACAACUCCAGAAGAAAACACUCAAGAGAGCGAGGAAAGUGACUGAAGGAGAAAGCAAAACAGGAGGCAAACAAUGCAAGCUAAAUCAGCUAGGGCACACUCGGAACGGGAAGAAGAUCAACAACCAAGGCCAAGACCAGAAGCGUAAGAAGAAGAACUCAACUGAAGAGAUGCACUUCUACUGCUCGAAGUGUAGAAAGGAUCACCCCGGGAAAUACUGUGAUGGAACGCUUGUACGAUGUUUUCAUUGUGACAAGCUAGGGCAUAGGGUGUUUGAGUGUUAUUCAAGGAAGAAGGAAAUCCCUCCAACUCGUGGACUCAAUCGUCAUCCAAAACGCAAUGGAAGAACCUCAGAAUAGUAGGCGAAAAUAUAUCAAUUCCUAAUUUUCAUAAUUAGUAAAAAUGUUUGAGAAUUAUGUAUCGUUUGAUCUUUGACGAAUAAAUUAUUUUCUUGAAUAAGUUAAAUGCUUCGGGGACGAAGCAUUCUUUUAAGGAGGGUAGAAUGUGACACUCCUAAAAUUUAAUAAAAAGGAUUUAAUAUAAACUAACACAUGGUAACUGUUAAUUGUAUCUGUGAAUACUUUUCUUAACAUAUGCUUCGGGACGAAGCAACUUUUAAGGAGGGUAGAAUGUGACACCCCGAAAAUUUAAAUAAAAUAAAUAAAUUUAUUAGUCAGAUAAGAUAAAGUGUUAUGAAAGUCACAUUUUAAUAAUUAAGUGAAUCUGAUAAAGUUUUAACAUCGGUGAUAUUUUUUAUCGGAUAAAAAUGUUUCAAUAAUAAAAGUGACAUUUUUAUAAUUAUUAGGUUGAUCAGAUAGGACCUUGACUUAAAUAACAAAAGUGACAUUUUUGUAACAAGUGAUAAUUAUACAUAUGAUAAAAAUAAUAAUUGUACAUAUUCUGAUCCACACAUACAAAUAAUACUUUUUUUUAAAACAAAUAAUACUUAAUAGCUAAAGACAUAUACAACCUAAAAUUAAAAAUGUACAUGCAUAUACUACGGGUAAGGCAUUAAGCUAGCACAUGCAUAUGCUAUGUAUCAAACAAGAAUUCACUCUCCAAGGGACCAAAAGGCCGUGCAAUUCUUAAUGAUAGUAUAUGAUACAUGCACCUACUACUCUAAUAAUAUUAGGUACCUGACAAAUACACAUGGGUACCUACCUGGCAAAUACACAUGCAUUAACCCUACAGAGUAUAAACUAGCAAGGAAACUGCGAUUGACCAUAGCAUCCAUGCGUUUUAUACAAAGCUAACCCGUUUUAUACGCAAUUCAAAGCUAACCGGAUGAACCUUCUGAGUGGAUAUAUAUACACGUCUCCCUCAAAGAAAAUAAACAAAGAGAAAAGAAGUCUGAGCCUCGCCGAUCAACUCACCAUCAUAUCGCGAGAGGAAAGAAAAGAUACAAGUAGGUGUAGGAAAACAGAGAGAUAGAGGGAGAGAGAGAAGGGCCACCUUCCUCGUCGCCGCAGAACGAACGUCGGCGGUGAAGAUUACUACAACGCCGCAGAAGGUAUCUCGCCGCUCCACUGUUGGAGAAGAAGACCCAGUUGUACGCCGGACCAAGCCGCCAUCGCCGGAGUGACGCGCUGGCCGUUCCGUCAACACCGCCGCCAGAGAGAAGGAAGUGCCGCGCCACCAGGCACCGCGGAUAGAGUAACAUCGCUGGAAGAAGAAGGCCGUCUGAAGUCCGCCGUUGUCAUCGCCGGAAGAAGAAGCUGCCACGGUUGACGUUACUAUCUUUGUCCUGCUCGUUUCAGUCGACGACGAAGACCAAAAGGUGAAGAUCGAGGUAGAAGCUUCGGUUAGAAAUUAUCGUGACUCGAGGUAAGUACUAUGUCAACCAAGUUUCAUGCUUUUCCCAUAUAAAUUUAUUUGUGACUAGUUAUUUGAGAUCAUUUGAGUAUAUGAUAGUUAAUGAGAUUUUACGUAUCAAUUGUGAUUGUGAAUUAUAUAUAUUCGAGAUUUGAGUAUUUUUAUAUUGGGUGAUAUUUUGAGCAUUUGAAUUUACAUAUGAAUUGGUAUUGGAUUGAGAUUUGAGAUUCGAGCUAUCUAUGAAGUAUCCUAUAUUUUGGACUAUUUAUGGUAUAUUUGAGUAUGAUGAGUUGGAGUUAAUAAUUUCAUUGUGAAUAAUUUUGUGGAAUUUGGAUUUCAUAUCCAUUUUGAUUGAUAUGAUACUUGAAAUUGAGAUUGGAUUAUGAUUUUUGUGAGUACUCGGAGAAGUGUGGAUUUGGUGAGUGGUAAUGGCUAUAAGUCUAACUCCACCAGGAAUCUCCCAAAAGUGGAGCAUCCCAGCUUAAUUGUAGUAGUCGGUAGAAAAAUCCCGACUACUCGGACUUUUUACUACCCGGAGAGCUUGGAAUCUCUUUUAGGGGGUGUGCACACUUAAGGUAGGAGUUCGGCUUCCAUUGGAUUUGAUUGAGUUUGGAUGAUUGGAUUAUAUUUGGAUUUAAUUGGACUUGGAUUCCAUUGGUAUUGAGGUGAUUUGGAUUAUUUGGUUGGACUUGAUUGAGGUGAAUGGAAUUACAUUAUAUUGGAUUAUUUGAGUGAAUUAUAUUUGUUUGAAUUGGGUUGAAUUUGAUGUGGUUGAGAUUAUUAAAUUAUUCGUAGAUUUCCAAAGUAAUACUUUUGGAUUUGGUUUGAUAUGAUUACGUUGAAUAUUGAUUAUGAGUAUUUGGAAGUAUUUUGAGGUAGAUAUAUUUGGAGUUUUACAUAUAAUUUAUGUUUUGGAAUAUUUACGAGAAUUUUGGUGGUUUAUGUACAUUGACAUUUUAGAAUUAUUAUGAUUUGGAAAUUUGUACCUAUAUUUGGAAUAUUAUUAUUUUACAUGUGAUUUUGUGAUGAGAAUUUGUAUAAAGUGUUUCAAAAGGUUUCCUCCCAAAUGUUUUCACAAAAUGAUAUAUAUGUAUCAAACAUGAUUAUUUUACAGGGUUGGGUAGGCCUUACUUAGCAUUUCCAGCUAAUUUUUGUUUCUUUGUGUUUUUCUUUCUGUACUUAAUUUGUGCAGGAAUUGAGGAUCAUAUUGAAGUUGAUUUCGAGAGCUUCCGCUAGAACACAUAGACUAAAGUGAUUGAGUAAUUUAUUUUAGUCUUAAUUUUAAAGAAUUGUAGUUGAACAAUUAAAUAUGGAAAAUUUUAAUUUGUUGGUGGUGGAUAGCCUGUGCACUCGGUUAUGUGAGAACCGAGUGUGGCGGUAACGCCCCUAUUUCCCUUUGAAUUUUCCGCUGCAUAAUUCUGAUAAAUCAUUAUUUAAAUGUAUUUUUGGGUGGGAAAUUUGGGGGGGUGUUACACGGGGAAUACCCGUUUUGUUUUUACGGGUAACGGGUGGUUACGGUUUUAUACAUGUCCGCCCCAUUACCCGCCCCGUACCCGCCCCGUUUAUUUUAGUUAUAUUUUUAUUACAUUUUUAUCUAUUAUUUGUCACAUGAGUAAUAGAAGAUGAGAUUUUUCUAUUUUCAUUGAGUAUAUGGAUAAUAGAUGUACUAACUAUAAUAUUUCCUUGAGAG